AUUGGUGGCUUAUCAUGACCAUUGGUUUGGCAGGAAUUGCAGUUCUCUCUUUUGUGAUUAUCUUCAGUGUUAAGAGAGGAUACUUAUCAAAUAAUUCAAUGGUCUGGUGGAAAAGAGAUGCAAAGAAUGAUCAUUUCACUGCGGAGGAAAUCCUAAGGAAUUUUGGUUCAAUGGCCCCGAAGCGAUAUACUUAUUCAGAUGUGAAGAAACUGACCAACUCAUUCAAUUAUAAAAUAGGACAAGGAGGAUAUGGUGAAGUAUUCAAAGGGGAGCUACCUGAUGGGCGUAUUGUAGCAGUGAAAGUCUUGGGCGAGUCCAAAGGUAAUGGAGAAGAAUUUAUAAACGAAGUGGCUAGCAUUAGUAGAACAUCACAUGUCAAUAUAGUCACUCUUUUGGGUUUUUGCUAUGAGAGGACUAAAAGAGCCCUAAUUUAUGAAUUUGUGCAAAAUGGAUCUCUUGAUAAGUUCAUACAUGAGAAAGGAUCUUCAGUCACAAAUUGUUACUUGGACAGCAAGACCAUGUUCCAAAUUGCAGUUGGCAUUGCUCGAGGACUAGAAUAUUUACACCGAGGUUGUAGGACUAGGAUUCUGCAUUUUGACAUAAAACCUCACAAUAUACUUUUGGAUGAGAAUUUGUGCCCAAAAAUCUCUGAUUUUGGUCUUGCUAAACUAUGCAAAACAAAAGAUAUCAGUAUUGUGUCAAUGACGGGCAUGAGAGGAACUGCAGGAUAUAUUGCCCCUGAAGUAUUUAGUCGAUACUUUGGCGGAGUCUCUCACAAGUCUGACGUCUACAGUUAUGGCAUGUUGGUUCUUGAAAUGGUUGCGGGAAGGAAAAAUCUUGAUGAUGGGGUGCUCUCUCAUGGCAGUGAAAAUUAUUUUCCUAACUGGAUUUAUGACAAACUUGAAAAGGGUGAGACAUAUGAUACUUCUGGGGAUAUUACAGAUGAUGAUCAAGACAACAUGAUAAAAAGGAUGAUAAUGGUGAGUUUGUGGUGCAUUCAGACCAAUCCUUCAGAUCGGCCAUCAAUGGGUAAGGUGAUAGAGAUGUUAGAAUGUAACUCUGAAUUACCUCAAUUUCCACCAAAACCUUUCCUGAACUCUCCUACGAGGUCGGCUCAACAUGAUUCUUCCACCAGUACUACUUCGUAAAAUUCCUAAAAUGGAUGGAAUUGCAUCACAGGAUUAAGAUUUUUUUAAUGAUCAAGUGAUUGUGUUGACAUUUCGAUUUGAGGAGUGGUGCUGUGCAAAAAAUCUUCUUUGUUGGAAAAAAAU